GGCAAUAGCAGUUCAGUGAAGAAACAACACUCAAUGGCCACAGGCUCAGCAGCUUUAGCGUUGGUGUUAGCGAUCGCGGCGGCCGCGGCAGAGACUCCAGCACCAGCGGCACCGAUAGGGCCGAGCGACUGCAGCACCAGUUGCGGCGGCGUGAGCGUGCCAUACCCUUUCGGCUUCGGGCCUCCACGCUGCUACUGGCCAGGGUUCAACCUGACAUGCGACAGGAGGAGAGGCCAGCUGCUCCUCGGCGACGGCACGCUCCGGGUGGCCGAGAUCUCCCUCCGCAACGCGACCGUGCGCGUGGUGCGCAGCGGCUCCAUCAUCGACAGCGCCAGCAUCACCUCCGACAGGAACGUCUCCUUCGGCGGCAGCUUCAUGGACCACGGCUACAUGCUGUCGAACGGCAACGAGCUGGUGCUCUCCGGGUGCAAUCUGGUGGCGACGCUGGUCGAGGAGCUCGGGGUGGGGCCCGGCAGGUCGGGCAUCAUCAGCGGCUGCGCCUCCUUCUGCUCGUUCCGCAACAAGAAGGUGGACAGCGUCGGGCAGGCGGGGGGCAACAAGUACUGCUCCGGCAUGGCGUGCUGCCAGGCGCCCAUCAACUACUACAGCUCGCCCACGGAGGUGCGCCUCAGGUGGCUGGACGCCGGGAACCACAGUGAGGCGCUGACGUUCCUGCCGACCUACGUGUUCGUGGCGGAGGAGGGGUGGUUCGACCAGAGGCCGCUGGCCGACGAGCUGCUGAGCGUGAAGAAGAGCCCGUCGAGGGCGGCGCUGGAGGUCCCCCUUGUCCUCCUGUGGGGGGUCCGGCAGGGCCUUCCGCCGCUGCCCAACUUGCCGGCCAACGCCACCACGUCGUGCUCCGCCGACGCAGACCGCAUGCUCUGCAAGAGCGACCACAGCGUGUGCGCAGCCGGAAACUUGGGCUAUACGUGCCACUGCCAACGAGGUUACGACGGCAAUCCGUAUCUCGUCCAUGGAUGCCAAGAUACCAAUGAAUGUGAGCGGCCACAAGAGCACGGGUGCUUUGGCGAGUGUAUCAACACAAUUGGAGGUUUCAAAUGCCAGUGCCCUCGAGGAACCCAUGGCAACUACACCGUCAGAGAUGGCUGCACCAAGACCUCAACUACAGGGAUAAGCAUCGGUAUUGGAGUGGGUAGUGCAGCAGGUUUUAUGCUUCUGGUUCUCGCAGCAAUCUUCGUGGCUCAAAGGCUAAAACAAAAGAGGCAAAUGAUGUUGAAACGAAGGUUCUUCAAGCAGAAUCGUGGACAACUGUUGCAACAACUGGUAUCUGCAAGGGCAGACAUUGCGGAAAGGAUGAUCGUGCCUGUAGAUGAGCUCGCUAAGGCGACAAACAACUUCGACAAGGCUCGUGAGGUUGGCGGUGGAGGGCAUGGUACCGUCUACAAAGGGAUUCUAUCGGAUCUACACGUUGUUGCCAUCAAGAAGUCGAAGAUAGCAGUCCAGAAGGAGAUCGACGAGUUCAUAAACGAGGUGGCCAUCCUCUCACAGAUCAACCAUAGGAACGUGGUGAAGCUUCUUGGAUGUUGCCUGGAGACGGAGGUUCCGCUGCUGGUCUACGAAUUCAUCUCCAACGGAACGCUCUAUGACCAUCUACACGUGGAAGGGCCCCUUUCUUGGGCCACUAGGUUGAGGAUCGCAGCCGAAACUGCGAGUGCUCUCGCCUAUCUUCACUCGUCGGUUUCGAUUCCAAUCAUCCACAGAGACAUCAAGUCUAGCAACAUACUUCUGGAUGAAACCAUGACGUCCAAGGUGUCCGACUUCGGAGCUUCCAGAUACAUCCCCAUGGAUAGGACAGGGCUGACGACAAUGGUUCAGGGAACGAUUGGAUACCUGGACCCGAUGUACUUCUACACGGGACGCCUCACGGAGAAAAGUGACGUGUAUAGCUUUGGCGUCAUUCUCGUGGAACUGCUAACAAGGAAGAAGCCGUUCUCGUACUUCUUCCUCGACGGAGAUGGCCUCGUCUCACUUUUUGUCAACCUGCUUGCUAAAGAAAAUCUGGCCCAAAUACUCGAUCCCCAAGUCGUAGACGAGGGAGGCAAAGAAGUCCAUCAAGUCUCCAUGCUUGCGGCCGCAUGUAUAAAGCUAAACGCUGAGGACCGGCCCACAAUGCGACAGGUAGAACAUACACUCCAAGGUCUUCUUGGAUCCAAAUCCAAGAGGUGUGUCCAAACUGGUGGUGUGAAUGUAGAGACAACUGGAGAGAAGGCUAUGAUGAAUUGCUCCUCGUCGAAAACGGAAGGACAAAGCACGCAAGAGUGCACCAGAAGAUAUAGCAUGGAAGAAGAAAUGUUGAUGUCUGCAAGGUAUCCUCGGUAGAGAGACAGGCUUUUCGCCAUGCAUAUAUGUACGUCAAAAGCAUCAACCAUAGCUACAAUAGUCAUGUAUUGAUAUGUGCUAACUUUGCCUACAAAAUUUGUUACCGUAAUAUUUAUUUUAUUAAUUACCAUAAAAAGUCUUGAUUACCA